AUGAGCAUGAACAGGCUGUCGAGGGAAGAGAUAGGCAACUUUGACGAGUACAUUGAUCGACUCUCGCAAUGCAAGCUUCUCAACGAACAAGAAAUCAAGGUCCUUUGCGAUAAGGCAAAAGCCGAACGUGGUGAACGUCAGGCACCUGUCAACAUAUGUGGUGACGUCCAUGGUCAAUUCUAUGACCUCAUGGAGCUUUUCAGGAUCGGAGGCAACAUUCCCUAUACGAAUUAUCUAUUCCUGGGAGACUACGUCGACCGAGGAUAUUACUCUCUGGAGACGGUCUGUCUGCUCCUGAGCUUAAAAGUGCGCUACAAAGAAAGACUGACGAUCCUCAGGGGAAAUCACGAGUCCAGAAGCAUCACCCAAAAUUACGGGUUUUACGACGAGUGCAUGAGGAAGUACGAAAAUAACAACGUGUGGAAGAUGCUCACCGAACUAUUCGACUACUUGCCCCUGACUGCAGUCGUAGAAGGGCAAAUCUUCGGAACCCACGGAGGACUCUCGCCCAACAUCAAGACUCUCGAUGACAUCAGGAAGCUGGAUAGGAUUCAGGAAGUCCCCAGCGAAGGACCCAUUUGCGAUCUACUUUGGAGUGACCCCGACGAGAGGUUCGGUUUCAAUGUGAGUCCAAGAGGAGCCGGAUGGACCUUCGGUCAGGACAAUUCCAUGAAGUUCAACCACACGAACGGCCUCAAGAAGAUAACCAGAGCCCAUCAACUGAUGAAUGACGGCUAUCAACACACCCAUGACAGCCAUGUGACCACCGUCUUCUCGGCUCCGAACUACUGCUAUCGCUGCGGCAACUUGGCAGCAAUAAUCGAAGUCGAUGAGAAUAUGAAGUGCACUCAUAUGCAAUUCGAUCCCAGCCCAAGAAGAGGUGAAGCCAAUUUGGCCAAGAAGACUCCUGACUAUUUUUUAUGA